AUGAAUUUAUUGCUUGAAAUAUACAUUCAUAUAGACAUGGAUGCAUAUUACGCUUAAGCGGAAUAGAAAUUAUUGAAAAUACCAGAUGAUCAACCUGUUUGUGCGAGAUAAUGGAAUUCUUUAAUAGCAAUCAAUUAUCCUGCCAGAGCUGCAGGUAUCAAAAGAGGCAUGUUAGCUGAUGAGGCAUUAAAAUUAUGUCCAGAAGUAUUUUUACCUCAUGUUGAAACUUUCAAGAUUUCAGAAGGGAAAAUGAUCUUUUCAACCAUGUAAGACAAAUUCACUUAACACAAUAAAAUCGAGGAAAAAAUCAGUCUAAGAUAUUAUAGAGAAGAAAGUAAAUUGAUAUUUGCAAUUAUUAAGUAAUUUUGUGGUUGUGUUGAAAAAGGCGGUACUGAUGAAUGCUACAUAUAAGUAAGUGAAAAUGAGUUAGAAAAAAUUGAACCUCAUGAAUUUAUCGGUAAUCUAAUGUGUGCCAUACCUUCUGAAUAUAAACUAAGUGAAUAGGAUAUCCAUAUAAUGAAGGCUUCAAUACUAUGUUAAUAAAUUAGAGAUGCAAUCUAUAAAGAAACGUAAUAUAAAUGCAGUGCGGGAAUCUCCUUUAAUAAAAUGCUGUCUAAACUUGCAUCAUCUACCAAUAAACCAAAUAAAUAAACCAUCAUUUUAGAAUGCAUGUUACCAGACUGCAUAGCUUAAUUCAAUAUCAAGAAAAUAAGAGGUUUUGGUGGAAAAAUUAAACAUUCCUUUGUUAAUAGUGAAAUCUAAACUAUUGGUUAGGCUUAGCAAUUAUCUCUAUCUUAAUUAGAAGUGUUGUUUGCAGACAAGGCUCAAUAUGUAUAUGAUAAAUUAAGAGGGUAUGACAAUGAAGAAGUCAAGAAAGAUUCUGAACGUAAACACAAAUCCAUUCUGUCUCUAAAGAAUAUCAAAAAGACAUUCUCAAGGGAUAUAAUUAAUCAAUCCUUGGAACUCAUAAUACACGAUCUUACUAUGAGAGUAACUGAUUACUAUGAAGAUUCAAAUCUAGUUCCAUCAGUAGUAGUUCUUCAUUAUCAUAAUGUAGAGAGAGGCUCACAUCAAAAAAGCGAACCUGUUUACUUAACUCUUCCAAUAGACAGUUUCAGAUUGUAGAUUGAGGAAAGAGUGAGUUCCAUUUUAAAUUCAAUUCAGGAUAGUGAACUCUUUCCAUUGAUUAAUAUUGGAUUAAGUUGUAGAUACUUUAAACCCAUGACUUAGGGUAUUUAAAAUCCAAUAACUAGUUAUUUUAAAAAGGCUAUAGAAAGUCAAGAAUAAGAAAAGAUGUCGAAAUUUAUUGAGGAAGUGGAAAAAGAACUAGCUCCUUAAGAUUAUUACAAUUGUGAGAUCUGUAAACAAGAGAUUCUGAAGACACUCAUGGAUGAACACAAUGAUUUUCAUGUAGCUGAAAAUUUAGAUAAAGAAAUGAAUCCAAAAAAACGAAGAUAUAAAAGUUAAAAUAAACCUCAAUCACAAUAGGUAAUUUAAUAAAUUACUUAGUUUAUGAAAAAAUCUUGA